CAACAUUUGGGCAGAGAGCGCAAGAACAUUUUCUUCACUCGUCUAAUCUUACAGCCAUUAUUCUUCUACCUCAAACAAUGGCUGACGUCCGAUCAAUGCUCAAGAAUGAGCGAGCUGCUCGGAGAAUUCAACAUAAACAUGCCAGCUACUCGACCACCGGCACCCUCCUGUGCACCGUCUGUCACCUACAGCUGAAGAGCGAAUCACUAUGGGAGGGUCAUCUACGAUCUGCGGGACAUAUUAUGCGACUCCAGAAGCUACAGGAAGAACCUCAAGCUACUUCUCAGCCUCCCUCGAAGAAGCGAAAAGCCAGUGACGAUGAGGAUGAAGGAACACUCCACAAGCGUAGCAAGCCUACCAAUGGAAUUCCUGAAGGUUUCUUUGAUCUGGGACAAGGGGAGAGAUCGCCUGUGAUACCUCAUGGUGCUGAAAUGCAGAUUCCAUCGCGACCUGCCACCCCUUCCAAACCCGUCGAACUUCCAAUACCCCCGAAAUCAGAACCCCAGAUUGACGAGGAUGAAUGGGCUGCUUUCGAGAACGAAAUUGCAACGGCCGAGGCACAAAUGCAAGCGGACAACGAUGCAGUCAUCUCAGCACCUGCCGUCUCUGCUGCAGAUUUGGCGAAGAAGUCUGCCGAGGAGGAAUAUGCUACGAAGAAAGAGAGACAGGAGGCAGAGGUUCAGGGCGAGAAGGAGGAUGCUGCUAGGAAAAUGGAAGAUGAACUGGAAGCGAUGGAGGGAUUUGAAGCACGGGUCAAGAGGUUAAGAGAGAAGAGGGAAGCUUUGAGGAAGAAAGAGGUGGUCAACCCUACAGUCGUCACGGCAGUGCCCGUGGAGAUACCGGACGAGGAAGACGACGACGAAGACUACGAGGAUGAGUGGGACAAUUUCAGGAUGAAGUGAUACCAGGAGUACGUGUUCUAUGUAUUUGUUGCGCAGGAUAUACCCAAGGAAUGAUUAUCAAGGCUCUACACUGCAGUGGUAGCCAAUACUGAUCUGAAGAGUCAAUCUGGUGUACGCCAGGGGGGGGUGCAUUGAUGAUUUCCAGCCAUCAAUUUGUCUUUACAAAAAUCGAUUGGACGGCUGUUUGAUCGAGUGGCAAGCGUAUCUCCGUAUUGAGUGGAC